AUGGUUCUUACAGAAGAGAACAAAAAUUCUUGGCUCUCUUUAUCUACUCAGAUGUUAAUUAACCUACUAGGUGAUCUUACCCUUACUAAUUUUAAAUCCCUACAUGAAGUAUUAGUCAACGAUGGGCUAUAUAUGGAAGAGGAAUGUCCUUACAUAGGAAAAAAGCCUUGUCAUAUAAGACAGGAGAUAAAUGAAGCACAAUUGGAGAAAAUUGUUACUGAAGGACCUAUAAUGGGUGUCAUUCGUAUUUCAAAUAUUUUUGCAAAAUUGAAAAAAGAGGAUAUAUAUAGAGGAUAUGAAACAUCAGAGGAAGGUCUACUGCAUUUCGUAGUUAUUGUUGGAUUUGGAGUUGAUAAAGAUGAUACCAAAUAUUGGAAGUUCAUAAAUUCUCAUGGAAGAAAUUGGGGUAAUGAAGGACAUGGAAGAAUAAUAAGAGUAUCAGGGAAAUCAAUCUUUGUCUAUAUAUGGUAUCCUGAGGGAAUUGAGUUGGUGGAUUAA